CAUGCGGGCUGUGUAUGAAAGCGUAGACCGCUGUGACUUGAAGGGAAUAGUUCCAUGAUUGUCACUUCUGCAGACCAUUCUAACAUAAGGCGAUGCACCGCUUUGUGAAAGUAUGAUAUGGAAACUUUGUCUCGUGACGCGAUUCCGAUAGCACUUAGGCAACCUCAGAGCAACAGGAAAUUAUGGACAGCAUGUGUUACUACCGUUAACCAUCAACGAUUUUCUCAAUUGAAACUUUACAAGAUUUCUGGGUUGUUGAUUUUUUUGGGAUGCUUUUACUCCUUCUUUGUGAUUUAGUUUUCCCGUGUGUGCAUUUCGCUGCAGGACCGCCCGGCGUGUUUGUGGUGCUGCAGAUGAAUGAUGGGAUAGAGCACGUGUCCACGACAUCUCCGCACAGCAACCCCAUCUGGAACCAGAGCUUUUCCUUGGACCUGACAAAAGAGAGUACCCACGUGCAGCUUGCCCUGUGGAGCGAGGAGAAGGGAUACAACCGGCAGCUGUCAGCGGUCAGGGUGCUGCUUACCGAUGUGAGCACGGACACGAAACACAUGCAACUCAACCUGCCGGGCCACGGCUGCCUGGACGUGGAGAUGCAGACAGGAGCUGUGGCGCAGGCCAAUCCCAGCGUGCUGGACACCAUACGUGACGACCUUCUGCAGCUCGUGAGGUCCUUCAUCGAGGACCCCGACCACCCCUACACGUGGACCAUCAUGCCGCGCAUGCAGUCGGAGCCCAACCUGGCGCUGGAGGCUCUGCCGGGCUACGCCGAGAUGCCCAUCUCCACCGAGAUGCUCUCCCCGAACAAGAUCGCCCGCGUCAUCGAGCGUGCCACGGAGUUCGUCCACUCUCAGGCGGGCUUGAGCCAGCGCUACAGGGAGAGCGAGGACAAGUGGAUGGCCUUCUUCAGCGGCUUCCUCAAGCCGCCCUGCUCCAUGAUCGAGCGCUGGAAGGACGACGAGGAGUUCGCGCGCGGCUUCAUACAGGGAGCUAACCCCAUGCUCAUCAAGGUGUGCAGCAGCGUGGACCAGGUUCCGCCCGACAUGCGCUGCUUGCUAGGCCAGGACCGCACGCUGGAGGAGCUCAUGAGCGAGAGGCGCCUGUUCAUCGUCGACUACAAGGCACUCGCGGACAUCCCGCUGCACCAGGAGAAGAAGUUCUACGCGCCCGUGGUGCUGCUGUACCGUGAGAUGUGUCCGGACGGAACGGGCCGACUCAUGCCUCUCGGCAUCCAGCUCACUCGCAAUCCCCCCGGCAAGAACGUGGUGUACACACGGAGGAGCCCUCCGUACCGCUACCUCUUCGCCAAGAUCCACGUGGGCUGCGCCGAAAACCAGAUGCACCAGUUUGUGUCGCACCUGGCGCUCACCCACCUGCUCAUGGAGCCCUUCGCCAUUGCCGUGCACAACUACCUGGGGCCCAAGCACGUCCUGGGCCGCCUCCUGCGCCCACACUGCACGGACACGAUCGGCAUCAACUACGUGGCGCGCCACACGCUCAUCGCGGCCGUGGGCCCGCUCACCAACUCCACGUUCGCAGUGGGCACGGUGGGCGGCCUGCGGCUCGCCGUCGCGAGCUUCCAGCGCUACGACUUCAUGGAGUGGAGCUUCCCGCGCGAGCUGCACAACCGCGGGUUCGACGAGGCCCGCGACGACGGACUCGAGGACUUCCUGUACCGCGACGACGGGUUCAAGCUGUGGCACGUGCUGGGCGCGUACGUGCGGGAGGUUGUGUGCCGCCACUACCACACGGAUGCCGAUGUGCUGCACGACAAGGGCCUGCAGGAUUUUGCAGCCGCCCUGGCCGAUCGUAGGAGAGGCAACGUGACUGGGUUUCCGUCUCCCAUCACCAACAGAGAGCUUCUGAUGGAAUGCCUGACUAACAUCAUCUUCACGGCCAGCGCUCAGCACUCUGCCGUUAACUUUCCCCAGUGGGAUUACUACGCGUACGUCCCACCACGCCCCGAGCAGCUGACCAAGUUCAUGCCGGAGGGGGACGAGGACAUCACGUGGGACUUCAUUGCGAGCGCGCUGCCCGACAUCGGCGUCUCCAUGUUCCAGAUCCUCUUCUCGCACAUCCUGUCCAUGCCAUCGCUCGUGCCCCUCACCAAGCUCAACGCAAUCGGAGACGAGUUUCCGGGCAUCCAAAACGACUUUCAAGCUCAUCUGCACAAGCUGUCGUGCGAAAUCAAAGAGAGAAACGCACGGUUGGAGGCAGUGGGGAAAGUUCCGUACCCAUAUCUGGAUCCGGAAAAUGUUGCAAGCAGCACCGACAUUUAAGCAUAGUGAAAGAGCGGUUACUUGUCCAUGGAUCUCAAUGAACUGCAAACACUCUGUUUAACAGAAUGUGGUGCAUGCCUCUUAACCCUUUCUCAUUCCGUAUGUCAUCGGAACGGAACCGGAAGAAAAACUUAAAUAAAAUAACACAAGUUCAUUGGACGUUAGUAAAACAUAUGCCUGACCGCAUUAGGCCAAUUCCACAUGGGAGUCUAGCCUGACCCUUGACCUGAUCAGUGACUAAGGCAAAGAAGCUGAAUAACAGCAAGUUUCUUUAAACAAAAGUGUCCGUAUGCAAAAGUGUUCGCAUUCAGAUACACCUACAAGCUUACAAACAUGCACAUGUAAAGAGACCUUCCCGUCUCUCUCAAAACAAGCACGCUUAGCGGUCACCUAUUAUGGCCAGCACGGGAACUCUUGUCCUGCAGGUGUUGGCACGCUGCACCAGAUGUUUCAUUGAAAGCACGGAUAUUCAGGGGAAGGCAGACAAAGCAACAGUGAUUGGCUGCACCUACCGAACAAUAAGAGUCUCUUUUGAUUUCAAGCUUUCGUGACUGCAGUAAUUCAUAUUCUUGGUUCUUUCGGUAAAGUCACGUUGAAGGGAAACAAUAAAAUAAUAAAAUAUAUACAUAAAACAAUAACAUUUUCUUCACCGUGACUUUACCGAAAGAACCAAGAAUAUAAUUAGAGCAUCUUCAAACGUGCCUAUGCCAUUGCCUAUGUAAUAAGUUUCCCAGCAACUAAGCGUGUCAUAUAAGCCAUAUAUUCCACCGGCUACGCCGAGCAACGAAUACACUGUGCACGGAUUGGCAAUAACCGCCUUUGCAUUUGAUGUAAUGUUAAAACCACCGAGGAUUGGGGCGCUCGCCUGGUUACCGAGGCAGCCGUUAGCACCGCUCUAUAUUUUCUUUAUGAGCUCUCUCGCACAACGCGUUACAUGAAUGAACUCCAUUAAUCUCUCCUCCCACUAUGAGCCAGCCCUCCGCGUUCAUGUUUCCCUAACAUGGUAAUUGGUAUUCAUGGGCCGUAACGCCAGGAGCUUUCAGAAUAUCAAACAAGCCUCAUUAAGCCUCUCGAUUUCCCUGUGUAGAGUCAUUACGAGCGCAUAACUGCCACGCUCACUCGUCACUCUUGAGCAGAGUGUUAUUAUAUUUACGUGAGCCUUUAAUUGCACAAAAUGCCACAUGCCACUGGAACCCUUACGUAGAGAGUGAAGCAAUUAAAGAUACCCCCCCCCCCGCCGCCUACAAUAAUAUGGAGAAAUUAUAGUGAAAACAUAAUUUGAUUUUUAAAAAACCUGGAAACACCUACCACCAAUCUCAAUGCACUUAUACAAUCCUUUAACACUCUCCUCUAAGAUAUGGAGCUAUCACCUUGACAAUUUUCAAUCGCCUGUUGAUAACAUGGUCAUGAAGAAUCAAUUGGGUGUCUGCAAAUGGAUCACCCUUUGCAACAAACAGUGCGAAAUAAGUUCAACAUACAUGCAUAACCCUGAAUAUUCAAGUUUAGUUUUGUUUAACCAGAUGAAAGCUCAAGAGACCAGGAUUAAUGUCAUUUGACAUAGUGACCUGGGGCUAUAGAGGGCGAUGAUUACUGUGCACUAACCCAAUUGAGUAAUUUGCGGUGUCAAUUAAGAAUUUUGCAAGUUUGGACACUGACACUGGCACACAGUGGCCUCCUCUUUGCGAAUGGCGUCAGGGGAUCUUUAACAUCCACUGUGAAGCAGACGGCGCGUAGUGUUAUCGUGGUUAUGGGGCAAGAUGUUAACUACCUUGCCUGGUAUGCAGGAGCUUGUGGGAUUGAUCCCAAUCCUGAAUGGUAUAUAUUUGGAGUUUGCAUGUCUCUUUCAUUUUUGUCCGGGUCCUCUGGUUAUUCCCUCCACAUUUGGAAACAACAUACAUUUGGAGUAUUUGACGACUAUUAAUUCCCACGUGAUAAGCCACUUCGUUGAGCUAUCAUUUGUGAUAGCCUUACCUGGACAAAUAAAAAAAAAAGUUUAGUUUAUUACACUGGCAGUAAUAACCAGGGCAGUCACUGGAUUCGAACUGUACGGCCCUAGCGCUAGGGCCGUGCCACUGUCCAAUGCAAGUUAGGUGUGUAUGGAUCUGCACGCAAAUACGUAGAGUUAUUAAACGGUAACCAGUAACCUUGUUUUAUACAAAAAAGAUGGUAACUGAUUCUAAAUUCACUCACCGUUAACCGAUUACAGUGAAGCUUUAAUAAUGAAUGCACCGAUUGAAACUUGCCCCAUUGCUUCAACUGGAUUUCAAGUCCAUUACGAUAACCAUUAUGGAAACAUCCUCACAUUUCUCGGUUACAGACAUUCCUUUGCGUGCGGUAAACCGGUAACCAAUUUUGUACUGGUUCUUUUUUUUAGCAGUUAAUAGUAUAGAAAAAAAUAUAUUUUAACAACCCAAGUGUGUAUUGGGAGCAGUGACCUCGUAGAUAGUAGCAUAGAUCUCGCCAGCUUGGCUUCAAAUGUCCUGCCAUGAUGUAUGUGCUUCAAUAUUAACUGUUACCUGGAUUUCUCUUGGGUUGAACUAUCUUUGAACAUGUUUACCUGGUACAGUGUUUGAACAGCAACAGUGGGAAGACAAAGGUGGCUGGGGCAUACUCAUGGCCACAUCCACUCGGCCAGGCUCAAUGAAUGAUUGCCUCUCAAUUCUAGAACUUUUCCCAUCUAAGUUUAAGGCUGAACCAGGAGAUUUUGUCUUUUGAUACACAUUGUCAUUUAUAGGCAACGUAUUCCAUCAUAGUAGUAAUGACCAAACACGUUUUGUCACAGCGCAGCUUUUAAAUAUGAUAAACCAAGCAUAUGUGCAGUAGUAUUUCACUUUAUAAUGGAGCAAUUGAGUCUGUCGGCUGGUAAUUGCAGUUGUUGUCUUAUUUGUGUUUUUUAGAAUUUCCCAUGGUAUCGGGCUAAAAAAAAUUACAUUCGGUGAAAGACUUGGGUCAACAAAUUGCAUGUUUGUGUAUAUAGUUGCCUUUGAUUACACCGUAUUCAGCCACGUGAUGUUCAGGUUAUUCCUCUGCUUAAGUUACAAUUUUAAAUGAAAUCUAUUGUAUUCUGUAUAUACUGGUAUUUAUAUAUAUCCUGGGGGGUUGUGGCUUGUUUAAGCAAAUUUAUUUCUGGUGUAAUUGCUUUUGAAUAAAAGG